UUCCUGCUCGUUAAUACUCUCCGAUCUUUACUGAUUCGUGUGAAGUUUGCAUAUGUUUUGGUCGUCCAGUGAUAGAGUGGCAGUGUACUGGGUUCAUUAUGGCAGAGUUAAGACUUGUGGUAUGCACUUAUAACAUUGCCACGUUAGAACCCCCUCAGGAACUCCUUCGAGAUCUCAUCCUUCUGCAUAUUCGUGAUGCCCCUGACCUUUAUGCUUUUGGUCUCCAAGAGGUCAGUUCAAAACCUCAUGAGGUCAUUCAGAGUUCGCUGAGCGAUGACCCCUGGACGGAGGUCAUAUCAUCAUGUGUGUGUUCUAAGGGUUAUGUCAUGGUGAGUUCCGUCCGUCUCCAGGGCCUGGUUCAGCUGCUAUUUGUCCGCAUGCUUCACUUGCCUUUUAUACGAGACAUCCAGACCGACUUCACCAGGACGGGGCUCGGGGGCACAUGGGGAAAUAAGGGGGCAGUAUCAACACGGAUGGACUGUUACGAUCGAUCGCUGUGCCUAAUUAACUCCCAUCUAGCGGCUCAUCAAGAGAACUGGUCAGACAGAGAUAAAGAAUACCAGACAAUCAUAACCAGUCAAAACUUCACUCAUCCUAAAACGCCAACCAUCUUAGAUCACGACUACAUCAUUUGGUUCGGGGACCUGAACUAUCGCAUUGAGGAUUUAUCCGUCGAGGCGAUCAAGUUCCUGAGCUCGCCCAAGAAGCUCCACGUCCUGCUGGAGAAAGAUCAACUCAAGCUGUCCAUGAGAAGCAAGAUCUCUUUCCAGGGGUUUCAAGAGGGACCUGUUGCGUUCAUCCCAACCUACAAGUAUGAUUUCCAAACGGAUGACUUUGACACAAGCCCUAAACAGCGCUCCCCUGCAUGGACAGAUCGAGUCCUGUGGAAGGUCCACCCCAGGAAUGUUGGGAAAGAAACGGAGCACUGUGUCACCCUAGUAACCUACAAUUCCCAUGGCAACAUAAGGUGGAGCGAUCAUAAGCCAGUUAGUGCCGAGUUCAAAUUGGGGGCCGACAUGGAAACCGCUCGACCUUUAGUGACCUUUGACCCUAUUGAGAGAUGGCAGAGAGGGGAGGAUGCUAAGUGUCGGUACAUCAUGUCAUCCAACGCCAAGACGAGUAGUUGGGACUGGGUGGGGCUCUACAAGGUUGGAUUCCAGACGCCUAGCAGGAGCUAUGUCACAUACGUGUGGGCAGUGCCUGGUGGAGAAACAAAGCAACAGUCUGGAUGCCAGGUCAUAUUCAAGGCCAGUUAUCUCCCAGAGGACACUACCGCCAAGUACGUGUUGUGCUACUACAGUAAGAUCAUGAACUGCGUGUUGGGAGUCAGCAACGUGUUCAGAGUCAUUCCAUCGGAGAUUGACUCCAGGAUACAAAGUGAGAAUGAGGUGAGCCUCCAAGACACUGCUGCUGUCCUGAAUGACUUAGCAGGAAUAUAAGUGUCUUAGAAACAAGGAAGUCGCUGGACAUGCUGGAUGAGGACAUUCCAGACAAAUGCAAAACCCAAAAAGAUAUCCUGUCACCAUUUCUGGAAAUAUUGUGAUCUGGUUGGCAAAAUCGCAAGAAGUUGUGUAAAAAUUUUCGGUGCGCAACUAAAUCUACUUUCAGUAUGUAGGAAUUUAAACUUGUUAUACUGGGAGUUGUGAAAGGCACUGGACACCAUUGGUAAUUACUCAAAAUAAUUGUUAGCAUCAAAACUUAUUUGGUAUCGAGCA